UGGGUGAAGCCGGAGGAGUCUGAUGAUUCCGUAUGGGAGGACGCAGAUGACGGUGUGUGGAAGAGUCCGCAGAAGAGACCAGUGGAGCUUUCGGAGAGGGAGAACCAGGAUUUGUUAGAGGAAUUUGAGGAGGCUGCAACCGAUGGUGGGAUUCAAAGUUUAGCUUUGGGGGCAUUGGAUAAUAGUUUUUUGGUUGGUGAUUCAGGAGUUCAGGUUGUGAAGAACUUUAGUCAUGGGAUUCAUGGGAAGGGAGUGUAUGUGAGGUUUGGCGACCAGAAAUUGGGAUCAAGUAGUGGGAACUCUAGAACGCCAAAGAAGGCCCUUUUGAUGAGGGGAGAGACAAAUAUGAUGCUCAUGAGCCCCCAGAAGGAAGGAAAGCCCCAGUCUACAGGGCUUCACCAGUUGGAUAUAGAGACUGGGAAGAUUGUUACAGAGUGGAAGUUUGAGAAGGAUGGUACUGAUAUCACAAUGAAAGAUAUUACCAGUGAUGCAAAGGGAUCGCAGCUGGACCCUUCUGAGUCCACUUUCUUGGGAUUGGAUGACAAUAGAUUGUGUCAGUGGGAUAUGCGUGAUAAGAAGGGAAUGGUUCAAAAGCUUGCAAAUGCCAGUUCACCCGUGUUGCAUUGGACUCAAGGACAUCAAUUUUCGAGGGGAACAAAUUUCCAAUGUUUUGCAACUGCUGGGGAUGGUUCCAUCGUUGUUGGGUCGCUUGAUGGGAAGAUAAGAUUAUACUCAAGGACUUCCAUGAGGCAGGCGAAAACUGCUUUCCCAGGACUUGGUUCACCCAUUACAUCAGUUGAUGUUACGUAUGAUGGGAAGUGGGUUUUGGGCACGACAGACACCUAUUUGAUCUUAAUCUGCACUUUAUUCACGGAUAAGGAUGGUAAAACCAAGACUGGUUUUGCUGGUCGAAUGGGAAACAAAAUUCCUGCGCCAAGAUUACUUAAGCUCACCCCUGUUGAUGCACAUCUUGCCGGAGCUGAUAAUAAGUUCCAUGCUGGCCAUUUUUCUUGGGUUACCGAAGGUGGAAAACAAGAAAAACAUCUGGUGGCAACAGUGGGCAAAUUCAGCAUUAUAUGGAACUUUCAGCAGGUGAAGAACAGCGCACAUUACUGUUACCAGAAUCAACAAGGGCUUAAGAGCUGCUAUUGUUACAAAAUAGUGUUGAAGGAUGAAUCCAUUAUUGAGAGCCGGUUCAUGCACGACAAGUUUGCGCUCAACAAUUCGCCUGAGGCCCCGUUGGUUGUGGCAACUCCUAUGAAAGUUACUUCCUUUAGUAUGUCUGGCAAGCGAUGAAUGGUUGAAUGCAGGGCUUUCAGAAACUGUGUUAUUUGCCUACUUUUAGUCUGCUGUUGUGUACAUAUAAAUAGGCUUUUCCUUGUGGGUAAAUGUUUUCCCCUUUUAUAGUCAUGAUUUCUUCAUCAUUUACUGGAUAGCCUUUGUAUCAGACGUUGUUGAUCAUUUGUACGUUUUAUAUUGUUUCAGCAUUGUACUCUUUUUAUUGCCUCCGGGCUGCUUGUGUUUUAUUGAUGCACUAUGGCAGUAACCAAUUUUAAGA